AUGUUUUUCAACAGUUCCAACCAGCUGUCCCUGGCUGUCUACACUGUGACCUUCGUGACAGGCCUGCCCCUCAACCUGUUGGCCUUCUGCGCCUUUGUGGUGAAGGCCCGCCGGCGCCUGCUGCCAGCCGACAUCCUGCUCCUCAACUUGACGGUGUCCGACCUGGUGCUGCUGGCCUUCCUGCCUGUCCGCAUCGCCGAGGCCUCCUGGGACAUGAAGUGGAACAUGCGAGAAUUUCUCUGCCCUCUCUUCGGCCUCCUCUUCUUCAGUAGCAUCUACCUCACCACCCUCUCGCUCACCAGCGUCAGUGUCGACCGUUACCUCAGUGUAGCCUUCCCCAUCCGCUACAAGGCAAGACGCCGGCCGGCCUACGCCAUGGUAGCUGUGGUCUUGUUCUGGCUGGCUGCCUUCUCCCACUGCAGCAUUGUCUAUGUGGUCCAGUACCAGGGCAGGGACAAUGACACAGCAAGCCAGCUCACCCAAUGCUAUACCACAUUCAACAACCAGCAGUUGACCCUCCUGCUGCCCUUCCGCCUGGAAAUGUUCCUGAUCCUCUUCUGUCUCCCACUGGGCAUCACCACCUUCUGCUAUGUCAGAUUCAUCUCCAUCAUCCGCUCCCUGCCCCUGGUGAACCCCGGGAGGAAGCGCCGAGCCAUUGGGCUGGUGGCAGCCACGUUUCUCAUUUUCGUGGUCUGCUUCGCCCCCUUCAACAUCUCCCAUGUGGUGGGAUACGUGGAAAAGAAGAGCCCAGAGUGGAGAACCUACGCUGUGCUCCUCAGCACCUUCAAUGCCAGCUUAGAUCCCAUCAUCUUUUACUUCUCCUCCUCAUCUUUCCAGAAGAUCUGCUGGGAGUGCCUGCAGGCAGUUUGGGAAAAACUGCAGCUCGGCUGGCUCUGCCCUAGAGUCUGGCUGGAGUCCCCAGAGAAUGUGGUCACAGAGGAUUCACAGAUGGUACAGUGA